AAGAUUACUGAAAACAAGAUCAGGAGCCGUACAGAUUGCACAAGAGCCAGUAAGAGAUAAACAGUACAGUAACAAGAGCUAUAAUCACGCGAGGGAGCGCUGUUCCGGAGACAAGACUGCAACACAACACAGAGCUAAGGAGAGGCAAGACGGAGUGGCACAGGGAAAUGCUGUUCGUGAAUUAGUACCAUGGAUUUAGCGGCCAACGUGAGACAGUUCAAGGACUUCUUGCUCCUGUACAACCACAUCUCAGAGCGCUGCUUCAACUUGUGUGUUAAUCGCUUCAACGACCGGGAGUUGUCCUCAGAGGAAAACACCUGCUUGGAUCACUGUGUAGGGAAGCACAUCCAUGCUAACCACAUGAUUAUGUCUGUCUAUGCUGAGCUGCAGCCUGUCUACAUGCAGAGGAGAAUGGAUGAAAUGAACAAGCAGUUAGAGGCCCAGCAAGCAGCACAAGAGGCAGCUGUGGUACAAGCAGAGCAGCAGCAGCAGCAGCAGCAGUAGUAGGAGAGGAUUUGUGUUAGCAGAGUGUUGCUGUAUCAGUGCACAGUAAGCCAUCCAGUGCAGUGUGACAAUGGCUCAUAUGGCAAGGACACUGGCCAGGACAACACGACUCUUCCUUAUAAACACACCGCGUAUUAGAUUAGUGCAGAAAGUACCACCACUUUAUAAGAGCACUCACUUCUGUCAGAUAUCCUCUAACUCAUUGGUCCAUCCCUUCUGCAGCAGUGCCAGUGAGUCAAGUGAUGCCUCACAGUCCUUGGGGAAGGUCAAUCCUCAGCUCAAGCUGGUGUACACUUGCAAGGUGUGCAGCACCAGGCAGACCAAGUACAUCUCCCAGCUGGCAUACAAGAAGGGUGUGGUGAUUGUGACCUGUGAGGGCUGUGCAAAAAACCACUUAGUAGCUGAUAACCUUGGCUGGUUUUCUGAUCUUGAUGGAAAAAAGAACAUAGAGGAGAUUCUGGCAGCAAGAGGUGAGGUGGUGAGGAGGGGCAUUGUUGCCUCAUAUGGUAUGACAGAGUCUGAGGGUGCAUCAUAUGGCAGUAAGGAAGACAAUCUUGAAGAAGAGGAAGCCAAGGGUGCUCAGGCUGCCUGGAGUGCUGCUCAGGACACUCUCAGACAGAUGGCUGAGGAUGUUGAGGUCCCAGGUACAGACACAGAUAAGACUCAAGUGCACCGGAAGAAAUAAUUACUUCCAAGUUGUUAGGAGUGAAGAAAAGUGGUUAAACUUAUCACAGAAAAGACUGAAUUAUCACAGCUUAAGUGUAUUCCUUAACACUCUUAAUUGUAUGUAGAAAAAAGGAGGGAUUCAGAUACCAGAAUAAAGCAAAGACAUAUGUGAACCUAUUCAUGUGUAAAGAUAGAUAUGGAGACCAAUGUUGUAUUAGUGCUACUGGUGGGACUGCCAGGAUCAGGCAAGACUACACUCUGCAGGGCACUGAAGGCACACCAUGAAGAGCACCACAACAGUGGGAGGCUGGUGGUGAUUCAUUUAUGUUAUGAUGACCUGAUUCCACUGUCUGUUCAGAGAGAGUUUGCAGAGCAGAAGAGGACUGAAGGCCAAUGGUAUGGUGAAGAUCUGAAAGGAAUCAAAGGGGAGGAAGGGGAGGAGAAGAGUUGCAAGGUGAACGACAUGAAGGGUAGUAAGGACAGAGAAGAGGAUAAGGAUGGUGAAGACAGUGUGACGAAUGGUAUCGGUGAUGACUGGAAGAGUGCACGACGCAAGGUUCACACCCAGGUUGACUGGUUUGUCCAGUACCUAACCACUGGUAAGGCUGAGUCAGGGGUUGAAAAUUUCUUUAAUGUUUCACUUGAAGAAUUAAGAAGUGGUUCUAAAUAUGUAAUUCUCUUGGAUGACAACUUUUACUACAGAAGCAUGAGGUAUGAAUACUUCCAGCUUGCCCGCAGGCACAGUGCAGCAUUCUGCCAGCUGUACCUACACUGUAGCAUGGAGGAAGCUGUACUGCACAAUGACAUGAGGGAGGAGAGAGUGCCGACAGGUGUGGUGACAGCCAUGGCAGAGCGGCUGCAGGCCCCACAGGCACACCUGCACCCAUGGGAAGCCAACACCUGUGUACUGAAUACAGGUGUGGGACAGGUGUCUGAGGCUUUGGAUGCCAUUAUCCAAUCCUUCCAGCAGGGCCUCACCCCCCUUCAGGACAGAGAGCAGGAGGUGGCUGAGGCUCGGCGGCGCUGCUCUGAGAGUGUGGUUCACCAGGCAGAUCUUUGCCUCAGAGCCAUAGUAAAGCACCUGGUAAAAGAGCAGUUGCAGCAAGUGGACAAGAGAAGCAGCCCAGCCUCCCAGGUAGCUGCACACAUCAAUGCAGCUCGGCAGGCAGUGCUGGCCAGCCUGAGAUCAGGAGCAGAGGUGCCACACCACCUGGCUGAGGCCAUCACCCAAGACAACAAGCAUGAGUUUGAGACAUUUUUGGAGGCUGAAAUGAAGAAGAUUAUUUCAGAAUAACUUACUUCAAGUUUUACCUAAGGAACGAGGUAUUAUGUGUUAUCAGAUUUUAUUGAAUUCUAUGAAUGGUUUCUCCACUAGAUGUCAAGAAAGAGAAGCAUUGAUUAAACAGUGAGACAAAAGCCCAAGUCCAUCUUGGCAGUUGAUGUGGAAUAAAUUCAAAUAAAAUAAUGUAGAGUUAUUAACAGUAGUGAAAACAGGUGCUCUGCCUGUGAAGAGAACACUUGGCACAGAGGGUGUGCAGAUGUAAAUAAUUGUAAGACCAAGACCACAGGAUUUGUACAUUAUGAACCAGUAAAGGUGGAAAAAUCAUAAA